AUGCAGAUGCAGGCGAGGGGUUCCCGAAUGAGACCCUACUGGGGGAGCCCUCACCACCACGUACAACGAGCCAAUAGGGCCAGCUACCCACUGGACGUUUACGGUAUCGGUUAUGCACAGCGCGGUUUAUGGACCUUGCCGCAUGGCUUGGGCUGUCUGAGUCGUGCCGCUGAAGGUGGAGAAAACCCUGGGCAUCACUCAUCCAUCAAACAACAGAGAUCCGCCUUGGCGUUGACCACACAUUUUGGAGGUCGCAGCACUAAAAGCGGAGCUCCUCUAAUCUCUGGGAUCAGGCUGGCGCGUAGGGCUGAGCACAGGCAACCCAACAAGAUCAAGUGUCCGCGACCGACGGCCAGACCAAGCGUCUCAUGGCCUGUCAUUGGAUUCGAUGCCAAGCUACUCUCUAACCCACCCUUUGACCUUCCGAUGGGUGCCCAGAUUGGUAACGAGCGCGAAUGCAUCUGCAAGUUAUCUCUGAAUGGUUCUGUCUGUGUUGUGUCUCUCAAAACCAUGGAUAUUGGACAUUCAUUGUAGCAUCACCGUUAUCACCGCUACAAUGGCUGGGAUCCAAUGGCGAUGCCGCUUAUUACCACCCACCUUAAUAUUGGCGAAGUUUUGAGAGUUGUCUUUUCAUCAAUCAUGUGUCGUCGUUGACGAUGCUCUACACCUAGCCAUUGGACAUACGAUGGUUAUCUGACAUGCCGUGCCUCUCGGGCUGCCUACUCGACACAGUCAAUCUGCAUUCCUCAGCUGAAGCAGAAACGGGUAUUCUUCCUAAAACAAAGAUGCUGUGUCAGAUGAAGCGAGUGGAAG